AUGAUAAUAACUUCAAUACUAUUUCUUUUGCUUUCUAACGCCGUCACAAUUAGACGAGAUAUUUCAAUACUUUUUAACAGAGUCGCAAUUUUAGCUUUAGUUUAUUGUAUUUUACAAGAUACAAUGAGCUUAUCUUUAGUAAGUAAUGGUAUAGGGUUACAUGGAGGUUUACUUCAUAUAACUAAUAUUACUCAAAUUUUCCAUAUAUUUAUAUAUUUUGUUAGUAUAUUAAUUAUACAGUUAACAAGUUUUCAUCCUAGAAAAGUUUGAGUUCCAGAAUACUCUUCUUUAAAUCAAUUAUUAUUUAAUAAAUUUAUUUAUUAUAGAACAAAAAUUAUUAACAAAAUGGGAGAACACUUAAAAAUAAUAGAAUACCCUUUAAUAUUAUUAUUUAUUAUUGUAGGUGCAGUUUUCUUAAUAUCAACAAAUGACUUAGUAUCUAUAUUCCUUUCAAUAGAAUUACAAAGUUAUGGUUUAUAUAUAUUAAGUACAAUAUAUAGAAAUUCUGAAUUAUCUACUACUGGAGGUCUAAUCUAUUUCUUAUUAGGUGGAUUAAGUUCAUGUUUUAUAUUAUUAGGGACAGCUUUAUUAUACGCAAAUUCCGGUACUACAAAUUUAGACGGUUUAUACGUGAUUAACAGUAUAAGUGACUUUAGUGAUAUGACUUACUGAUAUCAACCUUAUUAUAUAAAUUUUGCUUUAUUAGUUUUUAGUAUAGGGUUCCUAUUUAAAAUUAGUGCAGCUCCUUUCCAUUUCUGAUCUCCGGAUGUUUAUGACGCUAUUCCUACUAUAGUUACAACAUUUGUAGCUUUAGUAGCUAAAAUAUCUAUAUUAAUAUUCUUACUAGAAUUAGUUUAUUACACAAGUAAUAACUUUUAUUCUUCUGGAGGAGGACAAGAUGUAAAUUGAACUUUUGGUUUAAUUAUAAGUUCACUAUUCUCAUUAAUUAUAGGUACAGUUGUAGGUUUAACUCAAUUUAGAAUCAAAAGAUUAUUUGCUUAUAGUACUAUAUCCCACGUUGGUUAUAUGUUAUUAGCUUUAGGUAUAUCAAGUAUAGAAUCUACUCAAGCUUUUAUAUUUUAUUUAACACAAUAUACUAUAAGUAAUUUAAAUGCCUUUAUUAUAUUAAUAGCUAUAGGAUUUUCUUUCUAUCGUUAUGUAACUAAUAAUAAAGAACAUGAAGAACUUUUAGAUAAAAAUAAUUCUCCUGUACAAUUAGUUAAUCAAUUAAGAGGAUAUUUUUAUAUUAAUCCUUUAUUAGCCUUAAGUUUUGCUAUUACAAUAUUUUCUUUUAUGGGUAUACCACCUAUGGUAGGAUUUUUUGGAAAACAAAUGGUUUUAAGUGCAGCUUUAGAUAAAGGAUAUAUAUUUAUAACUUUAAUUGCUAUUUUAACUAGUGUUGUAGGUGGAGUAUAUUAUUUAACUAUUGUUAAAGAAAUUUUUUUUUAUACACCACAAUAUAAAGUUAAUCCUCUAUUAGAAAAUUUAACUUUACACGGUAAUAUUUACGAUAAAUAUAAUAAUUUUAUUAAAUCUUUAGAAUUUAAACAUAAUAAUAUAGUUAUAGCUAGUCCUAUGGCUUUUAUUAUUUCUGUUAUUACUUUAGUAAUAUUAUUAUUUAUAUUUAUAAAUAAUGAAUGAUUAAGCAUGGGUACCAUAUUGGUACAAAUUUUAUUUAAUUAUUAA